AUGGACGGUAAAUACGACUAUCAUGAGGCCUACUACCGAAUCAUCCGAGCCAUCCCAAGAGCCAUUCGAUCAGACAUGGGCGGAUUCAUUACUGAGUGGUGGAAUAUGCGGGUAUACUGGUCUUUGACGUUAGCGAUUGAUGACGACAAGGAAGAAGAUGAUUUGAUCAGCAUGCGAAAACAGUUUGCAAGUCGCGCUGCUGAAGCGCGACUCAAGUCCAUAUCUUCAGAUGCGCAAGGUAGUACCCUACCUUCCGAUCCUGGCUCCGACACAUCUGUGAUCAAUACAACUUCGACUCCUCCACUACACCGCCUCCCAUGA